AUGCUCGGUGACGCUCAUGAGGUCGAGGAAGCAGAGACGAAGCAGAAUGUCGUGAGCUCAAAUGAUGAAGCUCUAGUGGAGACGACGAAUACGAUGACAACAGCAAGUGACAUCUUCGCAGUGAUGCGGGCAGUGAUGUCGCCAGGACUCUGCGUGUUCUUCACGUUUUUCGUCUCUCUUUCUCUUGCGCCUAGCGUCUUUGCUCUCAUUCGACCGGCUCAUUACGAUGUCAAUGACCCAUGGACAUCCACCUACUUCACACCUGUGAUCGUUUUCCUCCUCUUUGCUGUCUGUGAUUUCUUGGGACGAAUGCUCGGUGGACGUAUUCGUUGGGUAAGACAUAAUUAA